AUGAUACGGUCAGGUGUUGAACUACUUUGGCAGUCAGUGAACGUGCUGAUCACCUACUGCGGUUGGAAGCAGGAUGAGCUCUUUCUGUUUGGGUAUGGUCAAGGAGGCACCGUGGCUUUGGACACGGUCCUUGGGCCAUCACAUACACCUUGUGGGUUUGGUGGGGUCAUUGCUGUUGCGAGUGAAGUACUUCCUGAACGAAUCGCACAUCUAGAUGCAAGAGGAGGACGAGAAGUAGCCGUCUUACUCAUAAAUGGUGCGAUGGACAGGGAUGUCAGCAGAAAGGCGGCUGAAGCAUCUGCGCAGAAGCUCCGCCAGGCGGGAAGCAAUGUGCAGCUUUGCGUCUUCUCAGAUCGAGGGUCUGAGAUGUUACGUGGAUAUCAUGCUGAAGAGUCAAUAUGCUUCAUGACAUUUUUUUCUGAUCAUUUGAAUGGAGUUGGCCGCAAAGGAAGUGAAGAAGCAAUGCGCAAGAUAGGUGCUGAACCAGUGCUGGGCGAAGCGCCUGUUCGAACGAACUCAGCGGAGGUUUCAUCAGCACAUUCGCUGAAUGAGAUGGACUGA